UACCUGCUUGAUCUCUAUUCUAGCUUCUUACACUAGUGUUACCACUUCUGACACCAUGUCAUGUAUUGGUAAUUAAGACUCAACAGGAGAGCUCAUCUGACUACUAGGUGGUCAGGCUCGCUGACUUGGUUGAAGCAUGUCAUCGAUCCCAAUUGCAUGGAUUGAUGCUCAUGAUAUUAAUCACUGGAUUGUCUGGUUCAGAUUGAUGCUCAUGAUAUUAAUCACUGGAUGUAGACUUUCUUUCCAAGCUGCCCGAUGCCGUACCUAUUGAUGCGACUCUAGCCACCUUUGAUGUGAAGAGUUUAUUUACCAACAUACCCCAUGAUCUGGGAUUGGAAGCAGUUCAGUUUUGGCUGAGAAAACAUCCUGAGGCUAUCGACACUGAAUUUUCGGAAAGUUUCAUUAUGGAAUCUUUAAGAUUAGUCUUAGAAAAUAAUACCUUCUGUUUCAACGGAAAAUUCUAUCAUCAAAGAAAGGGUACGGCCAUGGGAACGAAAGUCGCCCCAACAUACGCUACACUUGUGAUGGGUUACAUAGAGGAUAUUCUUUACAGGAAGGUACACGAUUCCAUGUCAGAAUCCAUUGCCAAACAUGUGCGCGAAACUUGGAAGCGAUUCUUGGACGACUGCUUUUUAGUUUGGCUCUCAACCCGUGAAAAUUUAGACAUUUUUCUGGAUAUUAUUAAUAAGCUCCAUCCUUCCAUCAGUUUUACUAUGGAGUCUAGCGAGAGCAAAAUUCCAUUUCUGGACGUCCUUGUAGUUAAGGAAGAUACUAAAUUGAAAACUGAUAUCUACUACAAACCAACGGACACCCAUCAAUACCUACAAUUCGGUUCAUGUCACCCCAGGCAUACACGAACUAACAUUCCUUAUUCACUUGCGCGGAGAGUAUGUACCAUCGUGUCGGAAACGGAUAAAAGAGAUUUAAGAUUGAAAGAAUUAAUGGGGUAUCUCAGGAAGCUAGGAUAUCCGCUUCGCGUCAUAAAUGACGCAAUAGAAAAGUCUUUAAAAAUUCCAAGACAUACUCUCCUGAAACCUAAUGAAAAAUCUGUGGGCGAUCAAAUUAUACCGUUUGUGUCCACCUUCAAUCCUAAUAACUGUGAUAUCAUGCCAGUCAUAAGGGACAACCUCCCAAUUUUACAGCAAAGCGAUAAAAUGAAACAAGGACUGAAUAAAUUUAAAAUUAUAAAAAGUACCAGGCAACCAAAAAAUCUCAAGCAGAUUCUUUGUCCAUCCAAAUAUUCUUGUACAGAGAGUGUACCAUGUGUAAGUAGAUGUAACACACCAAGAUGCGGCACGUGUAACAUCAUAAGUGAAGGUACUACUUUCCUUUUUGCAAAUGGCAAGGGUUUCAAUGUGAAAGCCGACAUGAACUGCCGCAGCAAAGAUGUGGUGUAUGUUAUGAGAUGUUCGGGAUGCGGCGAAAACUACAUCGGUGAAACCGGCAUGGAA